UACCAAAAUGUUUCCAAAAUAACUCUAUGGCCUGGCCCGUGCACAUAUAGGGAGAAGCUAUUUCAAUGACAAACAAGACGGAAGGAAAAUAGUUCAAUUUCUAAGACAAUUCAAUACACUCUGUCCGGAAUACGUAUAUCAACACAGGUGUGUCGCACUCGGGCAAAUUGAUUGUCUCGUCUCACUAACCAUGUGAACCGGCUGUGUAUGUGUGUGAGGCUUGCUGGUGCUUGCAUUAGUGUGUACGGAUAUAUUUCGACAAGUGGAUGAGCUUAUUUGUUUAUAUCGUCAAUGGUGGAAUUAAAUGGUCGAUAGUAUAAAACAAUGGUUUGAACAAUAGUAUUGUGUGUAGACAUACAGGACACCACCUAUCAGCAAUUGUAUUGAGGCGACGUUACUAAGAACGCUUUGAUGAAGAUUGAAGAGUUCCAAUGUUGACUUGAGCGGGGAUGGCCAUGCAAUGGCUAGCGCGUGCACGUGGAUGCAUGGUAGGCCCUAGUCUUGGACAACAGAUAGAUGGCUAAAGAGGUCACAAAAGGUCAGACAUAAGGAAUGGACAUGGAGUUGCCAAGGAGAUUCUCCGGGGGCCGUUUGAGCCUUAAAGACGAUUUCGAUAUAGAUUUCAACGAUGCAAGUCGUGCCUCAACUCCAAUGAGCAUCCUAAGCUCCAAGUCUGAAGGUCGGCGACGAGAGCGUUCAUCACACCAUCACACACCUGAGGACUACAAAAGGAAAAUCGCUCGACUGAAAAGUGAACUGGAGAUGGAAAAGGCAAGGAAUAAACAGGUGUAUCGUGAAAAAAGUGAUGAAAUCAAGUUGAUACGCGAGUCAUAUGCUCAGGAUCGAAAUCGUGAAUACCGUGAGCUGGAAAAGAAACUCAAUCUAGAGAAACAAAAAGAGGUUGAAAUCCUUCAGGAAAACAUAAUCAAACGUAAGGAUGAGGAGUUACAGCAGGUCUUCAGGUAUAAGGAAGACGAAAUGAAAAAUCUCAACGAGAAACUCCGCAAGGAAAAGGAAACGAAAAUGGUUACAGAGGAAAAGAAACGAGAGUACAAGGAAACACUACGAAAAAUGCAAGAGGAAUUGGAAAAAUUGAAGGAAGAAAAAAAUAAAAUUGAAAGCGACUACAGUAAAAAGUGUGAUGAUGAAAACAAAAAGGAGAAGGAAUUCUCAGAGCUGAAGGAAGGAUACGAUGCUGAGUUACGAAGGAUUAUAGGUGAAUCAAAAAAGCUUGCUAUGGGGAAUUUACAGAAGCUUAAAAAAGCUGAGAAAGCAUUAGUGAAUGAGGGAAGUGCCUUAAAUGAGGAUGAUGAUAUUUCACUUCUAGAUCGGAUGACACCAUUUUCGGAUUAUUCCAGUCGUGCACCGAGCACAAGUCUCGGAUUUCGUCUUGAGGAUUUAAAAUUAGAUGAUCUUCGUAUUGAGGAGGAGGAUAUUGAGAACCUGUUGGCCUCAGCACAACCUGCCCCCUCGGCCUUCACCAAAGUGCGACGACAAACUCCUGUUAGUCUUCCGUCAAAGUCGCCAAACCUAGUCAGCCCCCGUCCAUUUAGUGUUGCCAGCGAUGUAGGAGAUCUCGACAGUACAUUGGAGGUAACCAAGCGAGUCCAAAUAAAGGCGAAACCCAGUAAUAUUAAAAAGAAUCGUCGUUUAUCUGAGGACAAAGACAAACAACUGCAGCGGAAAGUCUCCGAACUCCAAACACAAACUCAGCGCCUCGAACGCAAGAUAGCCCUACUCAAGACAGAAAACGAUCUUCUGAAGAAGAAACAAGAUGAUCAGCGCCCUCUGGAGGAAAAGAUUAAAGCCUUGAAGAAAAGGAAUGCAGAACUCGCAGCCAUCGCCCGCCGGUUAGAAGAGAAAGCUAAACAUCUCCAACAGGAAAACAUGAAGAAAAUCCGUGAUGAAUCUGGUCAGCAUGAUUCGGAGUACCUGAAGAAGAUGUUUGCCCGACAGCGAGCUAAGGACCUGGCCGAGCAUGCCAAGGCUAUGUUGUCUAAAGAUCGUGAGAUUGAGGACCUACGCAAGAAGUGUCAGGAACUCGCAGACGCCCUCAGUAAUACUGAUAUUCUUGGACCUGAGAACUCACAGAUGUAUGAAGAAAAAGAAGAACUUGUCAGCAUUAUAAAGCAGGCUGCUAAAGAACGACUUCAGCUGGAGAAACAACUAGCCAAGUCCAAACCUCCGGCGGGUACUCAGGCCGAGGCGAGGAAACUCAAGGAACUGGAGGUAACUAAUGAAGCUUUGGAGAAAGAGAUCACACGGCUUGAAAAGGCAAAGUCUGAAACGGAACGGCUGGAAGUAGAGCUUGCGCAAAAGAAAAUUGAGUGUGAAACAUUAGCAGAAGAAGUACGACUAGAAAAACUCAAAUCAGAACGAUUGGAAACAGUGGUACAAGAGACUGCCAGUAAAAACACGCAGCUUACAAUCCAGGUGUCUGACUUACAACAGAGACUACAACAGUUAGAAAAGGUUAACGAAGAAUGCAAUGUGUUACGCUUAAACCUCACAGAAGCACAGCACGAAUGUGAUAUUGCCAGAAAUGAAAGAAAUACUCUCCAAACCAAAGUUCAUGACCUUGAAAGUGUUGUCAAGACAUUACAAGAAUCUGCUGACAAGUUAACUAACCUAGAGAAUGACUACCAAACAACAAAACAGAAGCUUCAUGAAAAACAGUCCGAAAUCCUCUCACUUCAGAAGGACCAAGAUACUAAAUCCAAAGAUUAUGAAGAGGUUGUGACGUCAUUACAGAAUAAGAUUGAAGAACUCAGAGAAAGUUGUCGCAAGCAGGAGCAACAUCAUCAGGAGGUAACACAGGAACUGAAAUCUCUACAGGCCAAUCAGCACCCUCUAGUGGACAACUGGGCACACAUAUCACAUCCAGGAGGAGACAACUCAGGAAAAAAAUACAACAAUAACCCCCACAACUCAUCAGGCAGUCCGGUCCAUGAAAACUUCCAUCCCACAAACAUCAGCUCACAAGAAUCGUUACCAGGGAAACUAGUAAAUGGAAGUGAUACGACGCAGGUGGAUUCCACAAAGUCUCUUGAUACAGGUUUUGCGGACGACGAUACUGUUGAGUUAGAACCUUCCAAUGAACCCUCCCCUGACCAGGCCCAACCCCCUCCAGGGCCAUACGAAGACCCUGAACUUUACGAAAUAGCUAAAAAACUUACAGAACUGGAGGCUGCUGACUCCGAGGAGGAGAACGUACACACAGAAGAGAAGGAAGACGACUCUGGUAUGGAAAGUAACCGAGAAAUGAGGGUAAAGCCAGUGGAAAAUGGCCAUGCUGGUGAAGAUAGCCGCCGGUCAGCGCUUGGUAAGAAGGGACCAUUACAGGUGUACAUAGCCAAGUACACAUACGACCCCUUCCAACACUCGCCAAACGAAAACCCUGACGCAGAACUUCCCAUCAGCACAGGAGAUUAUCUGCUGGUCUAUGGGGAUAUGGACGAGGAUGCCUUUUAUGAUGGUGAACUUAUAGAUGGAAGGAGAGGAUUAGUACCGUCCAACUUCGUAGAGAAAGUAAAAGAUGAAGACCUUGCUGAAUUUCAUGCUGCUAUGGCUGGCUUCGCUCACCAUGAAGAAGACAGCAAUGCUCCCAGCAGUAUACAGCAGGACCUAGAUUUUGACAGUAGUGAGGAGACUGAUGACAAAUCUCUACCAGUCAUAGCAGCCCUUCGGGAUCAUAAAAACAAUGCUGCACCGCUAUCCCAUACUCACCAUGACCUUGACGAGAUCGAGUCUGAAAUUACCUGUCGAAGUCGGACAUCUGUUGUAAAAAUUGAGUCCCCUGAUGCUAAACCUGGAAUCCCGUGUCCACAUAAAUUGACCCUCGAUCGUCAGCUGACCAGUAGUAUCUUGAUCAGCUGGUGCCCUCCUCCUGAAGAUGUCAUUAUCAAAUCCUAUCAUGUUUACAUUGACGGGGACUUCAAGGCCAUAGUCAAGAGUAAUGAACGAACAAAAGCACUAGUGGAGAAUGUUGAUUCGCGAACUAUCCAUCGUGUCAGUGUCCGGUGCCUGACCAACCUUGGCCAGUCUGCUGACCAACAGUGUACAAUACUUGUAGGCAAAGAUGCCGUUCCACAGCCUAGUGAACUGAAUGUUAGUGACAUCACCCCUAAUUCUGCUACAAUCUCAUGGUUGCCAGGCAACAGUAAUUAUCAGCAUACCCUUUCCAUAAAUGGUCGUGAGGCCCGUGUGGUCAAACCCGGUGUCUAUAGUUACACCAUCACAGGUCUUGUGUCUGACACAGACCACAAUGUAGCCGUUUCUGCCCAAAGUCUGACUGGGGAGAAUAAGGCAGAAAAUCUUUCAGCAAGCGUUGACUUCAAAACACCUGCCGGAGGACUCCCAGAACCACCAAUCAACAUCCAGGUUGAGUCUGGUCCUCAGGAAGGAACUCUCCUGUUGACCUGGUUGCCAGUGACAAUAGACCCAUCAGGUUUCUCAAAUGGUGCCAUGGUAACAGGCUAUGUUGUGUAUGCUGAUGGACGUCGAACAAAGGAGGCUCAAGGUCCUACAAAUGACCACAUCAUUCUUAGUGCUAAUGAUUUCUUAGGGUUUAUCCCUAAACAGCUGUUGGUCCGGACGGUCACCAGAGAUGGUCAAGAGUCUGCCGAGUCCCAGCUGGUCCGACUCCCUCAGACACUCAUCAGGGAAAUCACAGCUGGUGCUGCCAAAUCCAUCGCUACAGAGGCUUUAAUAAAGGUCACUGAUGGUCAGAGGUCACAUGUGGAGAGAACUUUAGAGACUGACCCAUCACUGAUGUUCCGCGAGGUUCCACAGGAACAGGAAGCUGCAGUGACCCUGAUGCUAAAUGCUACUAAGGCAGAUCGUCAUCUUGACGAUUAUAGUGAUACAAGCAGCAGCUCCGAACUCUCUGAUAUUCCAGAGGUGGAAGAAGAAGAUACAGCCAGUCAUGCCUCAGUUCACAUCCAUCGAAGCACCUCAUUGGAUGAUCCUUUAAGGUCACCUGUAAAGGUGACUGACACCAUAGAAGUAUUACAAACGCCACCUAGUGGGCACAAAUCUCCGGGAAGUAAACAAGAGGAGACAACUGCUUUGGUAGCUUCCACUCAGAGAAUAGUUCCUGCCAUAGAGAUCACAAGAGACAGUAGUAGUGAGAGGGGGAACUCUCUAUCUGAGGACGAGUCUACAUCACCAACAAAAUUCAACAGAAACAGUGCUGUAAAAACUGACUCCCCAAUUUCACGCUCUCUUCCAACACAACAUUCUCCCAGCAAGGACAGAAGAGUUCCUGGAUAUUCGGAAAAUUCUGAUGGGCGGAGUGAUGCCCAUGAAAAUUCUGAUGGGCGGAGUGAUGUCCAGGAAAAAGGGAAAGUGAAACAGCAAGUGGAGUUGUUUAACAAACUCCAAAACAAUCACACUGAGGAUAGCUCUCAAGGAUGUGUGUUAUUAACAGGUGUCAAAAUGGAGAAUGAUUUACCAAAUAAUUCAAUUCAGUUAAAUCUUGAUAACCGGACUAGUCCUCAGGAUGUUUUAAAUAGUCCGAUGACUCUUGUAAAUGGCAAACCGUUUGCUGAUCAAGAUUCAAAUGCUAAUGAGCUGUUAUCAAAUGACCUAUCACCUUCAGGACGUAGGCAUCCAGAGGUGCCAUCUCUGGAUUUAAAUGAAAUAAGUGUGGAUGAAAGUGCGGAGGUGGAUUCUAUCAGUGGUGAGAUUAAUCCGCCUGUGGAGGAUACGCGUAUCCGUUUGUUUGUGGCAUUGUUUGAUUAUGAUCCUAUCAGCAUGUCACCAAAUGUGGAUUGUAUUGACGAGGAGCUACCAUUUAAAGAAGGUCAAAUUAUCAAGAUAUAUGGAGACAAAGACCAGGAUGGUUUUUAUCGCGGAGAAUGUAACAAUAGAGUGGGCUUUGUGCCUUGUAACAUGGUGUCAGAGAUUCAAGUGGAUGAUGCUGACCUUGCAGAACAGCUCCUCAAAGAGAGUCAGGAAGCCUUCAGCAUGCAUUCCAAUCUUUCAGUGGGGCCUGACUCCCAACAUUAUCACAAGUCUGUAGAGAGUCUCGACACACUGGAACAGAAUGGUCUGCCAAUCCCCUUGUCACCCACUGUGACAAGUCGACGCAUGGUUGCACUCUAUGACUACGACCCACAAGAGCUCUCACCAAACGUCGAUAGUGAGGUAGAGCUGCCCUUUCGGAUUGGUGACAUCAUGUUUAUUUUUGGAGACAUGGAUGAUGAUGGAUUCUUCAUGGCUGAACUGAAUGGACAUCGCGGACUUGUACCUUCCAACUUCCUCCAGGACGCACCUCUUCAGGAGGAGGACCCACAUGAGGCAACAAGCAUUGUCUCCCCAGCCAGGUCAGGCGAAAGUCUCAACCACAUUUCGGGGUCACACCAGUCUGACCUUGGACUAGACAAAACGUCAAACGUGGGACAGAGCCCGACAGUGGAAUCCGUACAACCGGAUUGGGUAGAGAGUGCCAGUCACAAUCACACACCGAUCCGUUCUCGGUCUGCGACGCCCGAUGAUAUUCGCCAAAAGAAGAAAAAUUCAGGAGGAAUUCUUUCAAAAGGCAAAAAUAUUUUUAAAAAGCUUACACGAUAGAUAGAUCAGUGGCCAGAACUGAUAAUGUGGCACGAACUGAUAAUGUGGCACUGGAUGGAAUCUUAAAACACGAGACAAUUAUAUAGGACUGUUCAAGUGAACAAAUCGGUCACUUAUGCCUGCUGAAUUUCGCCAAAGAACAUAUGAGAGAUCUUUAGAAAGGAAGAAUUAUUUUCAAGAAGAAUAGAGACAUGUAGACAGAUGUACUAAAACGGAGAAAGUGAUCGUAAAACAUCGUGACAAUUUUUUGUGAGAGACAACAACGCGUUUCGCUAGAUAUUGACGAUAAAUCCUCUAGAGAAGUGAUGUUACAUGUACAUGUAGUUUGGAAAUCAGAUUGUCAACUGUUUUGAUAAUCGAUUUAGUUGUGCAUUUGUAUGUUAACAUUGUAGAUGGCCAAUGCUGAAUGAGAUUCAGCUAUUCUGUAAUACCACCUACAUGGCUAUACGAGGCAAUGAAAAUGGUUUUAUAUUUAUGAGGAAAUUGUAUUUAAAAACAAAUCCAUAGAAAUAUAUUAGAUCAUCUCCCAUUACUCGGAACUUUGAUCGGAAUUUGAAAAAUAGAUUCUUUACGAUCAGUCACUCGUCAAUUAAGAAGUAUGGUAAUUUAACGUGUAAAUGAACAUUGACGUUUUAAAACACACUGCUGCCUCACCUGAACCACUUUGACAUGAUACAGGAUAACCAGGCAGUGUGCCCAAUAUGUAGAAUGCGCUGUUUUCGACCUCUGAACUUUUGUCUCGUCGUUUGUCCACUUAAGUCUGUGAUAGAAAAAUCGCCGUGUCUUUAUAUUUUUAUUUAGGUUGUUUUAUUUUCUAACAUAAUACGCUGGACAUAUUUAAAGUCAGGUUUCAUCUUUACAGAAAAAAAACAUGGGAAUCGGUCCUCUGUUCAACAAAAGUAGUGUUUAUUUAUUGUCCAAUUCCAUAACACGUUUCCUUAUUCGACAAACAAAUGUAAAAAUAAAUGUAAAUAUAUCAAUUGAUGGUUUUUAAAGGAAAAGUUAUUGAAAAAAAACCAAUUUAUUAAGGAAACUACCAGUUUACUUCUUUUCUCUACGUUAAUCAUGCGUUUUAACUGAUGGAAUAGUUUGACAUGCAACGUCGUUUUGAAGUGCUUACACGCAGUGUCUAGGCGAUUACAUUGCUAUGGUAACGUGUAUAAAUGUAUAGUUGUGACGUAUUAAAUGUAAAGCAAUGGUUAAGAAGUGUACAUAGACUUAACAAUUUAAUAUACAAGAAUUGUAUGGCUGUAUCAAAAAGAACAUUUAUUAAGAGUUUAUGUAUCUGGUGUAGAUUAAAAGCAAUAUAAUUCAUUAUUGAGAUCAAAACUACAUUCCAUUGAUAUUGUUCUUGUUUUUAUAUAUUUAUUUGCACCAAAUAUCUUUCAGCAUUAUCAGCGUUAUGGUUCGUACUGACCCGCUAAUGGCAAUGUUCCCUAUGGUCGUGGUUCGUACUGAUCCACUAAUGACAAUGUUCCUUGUGGUCGUGGUUCGUACUGAUCCACUAAUGACAAUGUUCCUUGUGGUCGUGGUUCGUACUGAUCCACUAAUGACAAUGUUCCCUAUGGUCGUGGUUCGUACUGAUCCACUAAUGGCAAUGUUCCUUGUGGUCGUGGUUCGUACUGAUCCACUAAUGACAAUGUCCCCUAUGGUCGUGGUUCGUACUGAUCCAUUAAUGGCAAUGUUCCCUAUGGUCGUGGUUCGUACUGAUCCACUAAUGACAAUGUUCCCUAUGGUCGUGGUUCGUACUGAUCCACUAAUGACAAUGUUCCCAGUGGUCGUGAUUCAUACUGAUCCACUAAUGACAAUGUUCCUUGUGGUCGUGGUUCGUACUGAUCCAUUAAUGGCAAUGUUCCUUGUGGUCGUGGUUCGUACUGAUCCACUAAUGACAAUGUUCCUUGUGGUCGUGGUUCGUACUGAUCCGUUAAUGACAAUGUCCCUUGUGGUCGUGGUUCGUACUGAUCCACUAAUGACAAUGUUCCCUAUGGUCGUGGUUCGUACUGAUCCACUAAUGACAAUGUUCCUUGUGGUCGUGGUUCGUACUGAUCCACUAAUGACAAUGUUCCCUAUGGUCGUGGUUCGUACUGAUCAAUUAAUGACAAUGUUCCCUAUGGUCGUAGUUCGUACUGAUCCACUAAUGACAAUGUUCCUUGUGGUCGUGGUUCGUACUGAUCCACUAAUGACAAUGUUGCCUGUGGUCGUGGUUCGUACUGAUCCACUAAUGACAAUGUUCCCUAUGGUCGUGGUUCGUACUGAUCCACUAAUGGCAAUGUUCCCUAUGGUCGUGGUUCAUACUGAUCCACUAAUGACAAUGUUCCUUGUGGUCGUGGUUCGUACUGAUCCACUAAUGGCAAUGUUCCCUAUGGUCGUGGUUCGUACUGAUCCACUAAUGACAAUGUUCCUUGUGGUCGUGGUUUGUACUGAUCCGCUAAUGACAAUGUUCCUUGUGGUCGUGGUUCGUACUGAUCGACUAACGGCAAUGUUCCUUGUGGUCGUGGUUCGUACUGAUCCACUAAUGACAAUGUUCCUUGUGGUCGUGGUUCAUACUGAUCCAUUAAUGGCAAUGUUCCUUGUGGUCGUGGUUCGUACUGAUCCACUAAUGGCAAUGUUCCUUGUGGUCGUGGUUCGUACUGAUCCACUAAUGACAAUGUUGCCUGUGGUCGUGGUUCGUACUGAUCCACUAAUGACAAUGUUCCUUGUGGUCGUGGUUCGUACUGAUCCAUUAAUGGCAAUGUUCCUGAUGGUCGUGGUUCAUACUGAUCCACUAAUGGCAAUGUUCCCUAUGGUCGUGGUUCGUACUGAUCCACUAAUGACAAUGUUCCUUGUGGUCGUGGUUCGUACUGAUCCACUAAUGACAAUGUUCCUUGUGGUCGUGGUUCGUACUGAUCCACUAAUGACAAUGUUCCCUAUGGUCGUGGUUCGUACUGAUCCAUUAAUGACAAUGUUCCUUGUGGUCGUGGAUUCGUACUGAUCCACUAAUGACAAUGUUCCUUGUGGUCGUGGUUCGUACUGAUCCACUAAUGACAAUGUUCCUUGUGGUCGUGGUUCGUACUGAUCCGCUAAUGACAAUGUUCCUUGUGGUCGUGGUUCGUACUGAUCAACUAAUGGCAAUGUUCCUUGUGGUCGUGGUUCGUACUGAUCCACUAAUGACAAUGUUCCUUGUGGUCGUGGUUCAUACUGAUCCAUUAAUGGCAAUGUUCCUUGUGGUCGUGGUUCGUACUGAUCCACUAAUGGCAAUGUUCCUUGUGGUCGUGGUUCGUACUGAUCCAUUAAUGGCAAUGUUCCCUAUGGUCGUGGUUCAUACUGAUCCACUAAUGGCAAUGUUCCCUAUGGUCGUGGUUCGUACUAAUCCACUAAUGACAAUGUUCCUUGUGGUCGUGGUUCGUACUGAUCCACUAAUGACAAUGUUCCUUGUGGUCGUGGUUCGUACUGAUCCACUAAUGACAAUGUUCCCUAUGGUCGUGGUUCGUACUGAUCCAUUAAUGACAAUGUUCCUUGUGGUCGUGGUUCGUACUGAUCCACUAAUGACAAUGUUCCUUGUGGUCGUGGUUCGUACUGAUCCACUAAUGACAAUGUUCCCUAUGGUCGUGGUUCGCACUGAUCCACUAAUGACAAUGUUCCUUGUGGUCGUGGUUCGUACUGAUCCACUAAUGGCAAUGUUCCUUGUGGUCGUGGUUCGUACUGAUCCACUAAUGACAAUGUUUCUUGUGGUCGUGGUUCGUACUGAUCCAUUAAUGACAAUGUUCCCUAUGGUCGUGGUUCGUACUGAUCCACUAAUGACAAUGUUCCUUGUGGUCGUGGUUCGUACUGAUCCACUAAUGACAAUGUUCCCUAUGGUCGUGGUUCGUACUGAUCCACUAAUGACAAUGUUCCUUGUGGUCGUGGUUCGUACUGAUCCACUAAUGACAAUGUUCCUUAUGAUCGUUGGUUAAACGACCGUGUCAUGCGUUGAUGUACACAAUCAGUAUAUGUAACACUGAUGUUUGGUUUACCAUUUAGCGGCAUUAUUUCAUUGUGUUGAUAUUAAGAUUUUUAUUUUAUAACAUUUGUUCUGUCGAUCACAUGACCUAGUAACAUCUUCCCUCAAGAUUGACCCUAUUUAUGUCACGACUUUCAUAUAGAUGUUUGAUUGCUCAAUUGAGUGUCAUUCGAUAAAACAUUUUCCACUAGAAAUUCAACAACAAAAAUGCAUAAACUGAUUUGUGAUCCAUAGAUACUGUAUAAUAAGAAACUACAGCCUAUUCGACUUAUGUUUAUAUACCUAAGUGCAGAAACUUCUGUCGGUAACCAAAAAAUUGGGUUGCUUAGUAUUUGACUUAAGUUUAAAUGGUCGAACAUUAUAAUGGCCAGAUAGAUUAUACUGUCAUAUAAUACCAUACAUAUCAUAUAUACUAAAACAGUAGUAUUUAAUACCGAUACAUUAUACAUGUAAAUACUAUUAUAAAACUAUCAGGAAACACGUCAGGAACCACGCAUAUUGUACCGUUACAUUCCCCCAGUUUGUACCGUUGCAUUACCCCAGUUUGUACCGUUACAUUCCCCCAGUUUGCGUUGUGAAUUUGUCAUUGGCGUAUUGGUUUUAAACAUGUUUACUGUAUGUUUGUGACAAGGACUAAACCAUAAUAAUCUUACGUUCCAUGUGCCUGUGUGUGUGUGUGUGUUUGAGAGAGAGAGAGAGAGAGAGAGAGAGAGAGCGCGCGUGCGUAUGUGCACGGAGAUAUUCCCCUGGAGGUUAGAUUACAAAAGACUAACACAGAUGUUGUAUUUAGGAUUGAAAUAAUGCGCAGAAAUCAUCAAAAUACCCUACAGAAUUUGACAGAAAUCUCCCCCGGAACUAUUUUACUGGAACACAAUCGAUAUCGUCAAGUUUCAUUUGGAAAGAAAUGUACAUGAUCAGAUGUAUAUAUCGGAGAUGAGCUAGGUUGUUGUAGAACAGCGUCGUGUUGUCGUCCCAUGCCAGUAUUCUUUUUUUUUUUUUUCUUUUUUUUGUGAAGUGCCCUUGUUGUAUUGUGAUUGGUGCUAAUAUUAUUAUCUAACAAGGACAUCGGGUUAACUGUGUGAUUAGAUAGAAUUUAGAUAAAUGAGUAUUAUGUGACGAUUUGAUUGCAGUUAUAAAUAGGGAAAACAGUUUUACCGAUGUCGAAAUAUGGUAAGAAUAUGCCACCAAAUGCAUUUAAAAUAAAAACAUCAAAGAAAAGCUAUUUGACGGUCUGUAUGUUGAUAUUACUUUUUGUUUUAUAUAGUUAUGCGACGCUUUUAGAAACAACACACACCUUAGACAACGGAUCCUUAUGUUUAGACACGUGAUGAAGCUAGAACUGUGUAUAUGAUGCAUAUUUAUUUUGUACCCUGUUUGUACAUACUGGUAUCGCGUCCUUGCAUGCCAUCAUGUGUACAAUGUUUCGAUGAUUGUAUUGAUAAAGAUGUGAUGUUGACGGUGAAAGAAAAUGUCCACAGAGGAUACAUAAGUAAAAUUAUUUUCAGAAUAUAA